ACUACAAUAUGGUGAACUCAUGAUAUAGUUUAGAAUAAAAUCAAAGUCAAAUGUCCCUUUGAAUACUCUUGUCGUAUUCAUGAAAUUAACGCCAAACUUAGAUUCAUCAUUGAUUCCAUCGUCACUUUAUUGCACCUUCUUCACUUACUACACGGUAUAUAUUUGCAACUUAUUAGCCCAUUUGAAAAUUUGUUUAGCAAUGUUGCAAAUUCCCGACGUAGUAGUAGUAGUAGUAGUGGUGAUUUUGAACACUGCCCAUCUGUGUUCCUUGCAGGCUAUCAUUCAAGGGAGUCACCAAGAAGCUGUGGCCUAUGUGCAACGUUGCAAAGACAUGCUGCUUCGCCUACCCGCUCAGACGAGUUUCCUGUCCAUAAUGUGCUACAACUUUGGAAUUGACGGCUACCACGAUCAAAAGUUUGAAGACUGUACCUUCUGGUUACGGCAGAGCUAUGAUAUCAGCAAGAUUCAUGAGAAAUAUGGUCCUGAAGCCCAGAUUCAGGCCAAGAUUUUGCGUCUGCUGGCCACUGCUUAUCUGGACUGGGACGUUCAGAGGUUUCACAAAGAGGCCCUUAAUGCCGUGGAUUUAGCCAACAAGGAAUGUGUGAGCGCCUCCGGGCUCUUUUUAAAGAUCAAAAUACUCCUGAGAUCGGGGGCCUCUGAUGAAAGCAUCACAGCGGGUCUGGAUGAGAUGCUACAAUCUGACGUUUCACUUCAAGUUUGCCUCACUACAGUCAAGCUCCUCCUGUCUGAAAGCAGAGAAGCGCCAGCGUUAGACCUUUUAAAUCGUGCCUGUCAGCAGUUUGAGUCAUCUCCCGCCUUGGGAACCACUCUCGUCCUGCACGUCGAGCUCCUGCUGCACAGAGACAAAAAGCUGCUGGGCAAGCAGAAGAUAGAGGACCUCAUCACCGCGCAUUCCUCGGGAACAAAGGUGGCACCGCAGGACCUCAUAAGCCUCCACGCAAUGUUGUGGGAUCAAGCAGCAAAAUAUGUUGAGGCAGACGACUACUCCGAGGCACUGGAGUGGUACAACUACUCCCUGAGUUUCUUCCAGGUUGGAGGGAUAGACUCCAACUUGGCCAAAUUGCAGAGGAACAGAGCUUUCUGCUUCAUGCAACUGAAGCAGCUGGAAAAGGCCAAAGAAGCCGUGAAUGAGGCGGAACGCUGCGACCCUGACAGCAUUUUCACGCAAUUCAGUAUUUACAAGAUAGCGAUGCACGACGACGAUGUGGAGAGAGCGGCCAAGGCAGUGAACAGGAUGGCGCUUCUGUCCAAGGAUCUCAAAGAGGCCGGACCCUUGUCCGAGAACGCCACAUCCAGCCUCCUCUGCCAGGCCGCUCAGAUGGCCUUGGAGAAUAAACAGAAUGACAUGGCCAUGAAGGUCCUGGAAAAUUUGUGUGAAACCUCCAAAGAUGAAGCUCUGGUUCUGAAGGCUCUCAGGUGUCUGGUUCGACUCGCACUCACGGCCAUAGAAGCCCCCAAUGAUGAGAAAAGGAACGACAAUGCGGACGCGCUGCUGCCUUAUUUAAAGAUGGCGCUGCAGAAGCUUCCACAACGGCUGUGCUUGACAGCCGAACAGCGCACGGAAGAAGCCAACUGGUUCAGGAAAAUCGCUUGGAAUGCAGCACUGCAGUGUGAGAGCAACCCGGACAGAAUGCGGGAUUUCUUUCUGCUUUCUUACCAGCUGUGCCAGAUGUGUCAUCCCGAGUGCGUCAUUCUCACGGCCCAGAAGAUGUCUUUGCUCAUGGCCGUUGCCGCCGCUCUUCAGUUCUACAGGGCCGCUCCUCACGCCGGCCGGACACAAGAUCUCAGUCAGGCGCUGGAGCACAUUGCGUUAUGUGCAGAGGUGGGGAAAACCCUAAAGGCAACAGGAAGUUGCCCGCAGGAUCCAACAGACACGCUUCUGCUGCUCUAUGAGUUUGAGGCACGCGCCAAACUCAACGACCCCAAAGUGGCCAGCGUCUUGGACACCAUCCUGGAGCAGGACAAUGUGGAGCUCAAACUACUGCAGACCAUUGCAGCAUUAGCCAUGGAGCCUCCAGCCCACUUCCCUCUGCUAUGCAAGAAGGCCCUGAGGGUGGCGCUGUCUAUUCACAAGAAACAACCUCAGGAGGACCCGGCGCAGUGCAGCAAGUGCAUCCACAGCCUCAUCAAGCUUUCCCUGCCCAGCAGCGCGUCCCAAAUGGAUACCCGCCUGCUGCACGAGGCCUGGGACUACUACGAGGAGGCGCUGGCCAUCAUCGCCGCCGCCCCGGACAGCUUUCCGGAGACGCAGAUCAUGUGGCUGCUGACCCGCGCCUGGAACACGGGCAUCCUGCUCUACAGCCUGGCGCGCUACGUGGAGGCGGAGAAGUGGUCCAUGUUGGCCAUGAGCUUCGUGCACCACUUGGGACCCCUGCAAGACAGCUACAAGACGCAGAUGUCCCAGCUCUACAGCAAAAUCCCGGACCGUCUGGAUGGCGCAAAGAAAAACACUUUAUUCAUGAAAGAAUAAGCACUCUGGUUAGUCACAUUUAUGUUAACUGUUACAAAAUUUGUUGCGCGACACCUAUCCCGAUGUUCUACGCCCUGAGGAUAAAAAUACAUUGUUGGACACAAGGGCCAUGUUUGUUUUUGAAAGGUAACAACAGAGGUAUGCUAAUUGAGAAUUUGGUUUGGAAAAGAACAAGGUAUUAAAAUUAAUUUUGCGGUUAUUUAUGAAUGAACCUAAAUUAAUCUCUUCAAAAAUAUCAUGGGUCAAUGUGACCCGCAGUGUUGGAGCUUUUGAAAACGAGAUUUUAUUAAAUAAUAGUUUUUGUGUAUAUUGGAAGAUUGCAGAAACAUGAAAACAUGUAUACUAUUGGCACAAAAACAAUAAAAAACACAUUUGCGCUUAGUCCUUUGUCACUUCCAGCUCAAAGUAUCCAAGAUCUUGUUAAUUUAAAAAAGAUUACGUACAUCCCCCCAAUUUGAUACUUUAUCAUGCAAGAGGCAAUAUGACACACAAAAAAGGUGGGGAAAUGUGUUGGAUUCCUCAGAGAUUUGAAAUAAAUAUUUCUCAUCACUGGGCAAAGCUAGAAAUUUGGGUAAUUAGGAUGGGAAACAGGCCAGUGCACCAAAAAACAGUUGAGCACAAGAUUGCAUCAAUUGAAAAGUGCAUAAUUUUCAGCAGUUAUCAUGUCCAAUGUAUUGAAAAACAAAUUCAUGAAUUGUUUUGGUGGGGAAAAAAGGGAAAUAUCUUUAAAAUAGUGUUGCGGUUAAAAAGGCAAUAGUGAUUCCAGAUUUUCUGCCAAACUGAAAAAAAUAAUCCGCAAAGAAGGGGCAGUUAAUUUGCUCUGGCAGGCCACAAAACAAAAGAUGUAAUAACAAACUUGCCCAAGUCAUAACUGAGUCACAUAUUUUAUUUCCAAACAAAUAAACUCUUUUCAAGUAGACCCCCCCCCACCCCAAAAAAAAAAAAAAUUAAAAGCCCAAAGAAAAAUACUUCUUUUCUAUUCAUAUACUAUAUAACAGAAUGGCAUUCCCCAAGUGACUAGGACAGGGAAGACCGAUUGGGCCCCGAGCGUCCUAACAGGCCGUAAACCACCUGUGGCCGCACCAAGGAGACGACUGGACUGUACAAUCAAAAGGCUUCAUGUUUGCAAGCACUUACUGCACCCAUGUGCCAUAAACAGAACAGCCCCCCCCCCCCCCAAAAGUAAAUCGAACGACAUCACCGUUAGUCAGCCUUGUCAAUAAUAUGCACGCUCAGGUGACUAUAUUGAUCCCCCCCUCCCCCCACAUCAUGGCCUUAAAAUGGAAAGAGUGAAUUCUUUGGGCUUGGACAUGGCUGACUGAGGUCUAGAGUAACGCAAGCGCUUUUUCGUUAACAGUCGGCUCAGAUUUCCACUCCCAUCUUUUAAGAAUGACGGUGCAAAAAGUAUGGGGGAUCGGGCGUUGCCGUAAAAUUGCAACACGAACCUAGAAUGUGUUUGAAAUGGGUUUCCGCAAUGCCGCUAUUCUCUCACAACCCGAUGAAGACAGAUCUGUGGCCACUUUAUCUGAGAACAUCCUGGUUGAAGCCUUGACAUCAUUGUCUCAGACCAAACCAUGGGAUGAACAAAACGUUUUUUACGAAAGAAUAAAACAUUACAGCGUGAUUAUUAUUGUUUUAAUUGUCCAGCCCUGGCAAGUAAUUUUAUCAAGUGAUUUGUUCAUCUAACAAAAUAUUAAAUACGAUUGUAAUUCAAGGAACUUUGGCUAAAAGUAAGCUGUUGGCUCACACAGAAAUGCAGUGACACACUUGAGUCGGGUGCACUUUAAAUAUCAGUGCAUGUGCAUCUAUGCUUACGAACAUAAAAUGAAGCAAGUAUGGAUCAGGUAAAAAAAAAAU